AUGGGCUUCAGACGAGAGAACACAUCAUAUUGUUACUUUGGUGCUACUACUCCCAUUUCCCUUCCCUUGGACUUAGAGGUGCGGAAAAUUAUGGCUAAAAGUGCAAUCUUAGAUACAGUUGCAGAUGAUUUUUUUGAUGAGCAUGGUUCAUUGGAUGAAUUACAAUGCCUCACCGAAGCAGUCCAAAGGUGGGAAGGAGAAGGUUUAUCUGGGCAUAGUAAAGUCAUUUUUGAUACUCUUGAUGAUCUAGUAUGUGAUAUUACAUUGAAGAUUUUCAACCAACAAGGUCAUGAUAUGAAAACACUUUUUCAAGAUUUCUGGCGAGAAGCGUUCGAUGUGUGGUUGAGGGAAUCUGAGUGGAGUAGAAGCAAACAUGCACCAUCAAUUGAUGAAUACCUUCGAGUUGGCAUGCUCUCCAUAGUUGUACAAGCAAUGUUUCUCCCCGCAUGUUAUCUUGCAAGUCCAAAGCACCCACAGAACUCUCUAGGAACCCGUUAUAGCAAAAUUACCACAUUGUUAAUGCUCUCAGCUCGCUUACUGAAUUACAUUCAAAGCUAUGAGAAAGAGAUGAAAGACGGAAAACUGAACAUGGUGCCAUUGUACUCGAAAGAGAAUCCAGAGGCAAAUAUUAAAGAUUCAGUUGCAUACAUACAAAACAAACUAGAAGGUUCAAGAAGCAGCUGCUUGAAAUUACAAUGA